CUCCCGCGCUCCCUCCCUCCUGGCUCCUUUCUCUGCGCUCUUGCUCGAGCUCCAAGCGCCCUCCCGCUCUCUCGGCCGCGGUGUCGCCCGCAGCGCCCCGCUGCUGCUUACCGGCGACCAUGGCUCCCCAGGGAACCCCGAGCGCCCCGAAGCGUCCUGGCCUCACCGUGCCGGUCCUGAAAUCCCAUGCUCCGCCGCCGCCGCGCUGGCCGCGCUUGUGGCCGCUGGUGCUGGUGGUGCUGGUGCUGGGGACUGCCUGCGGGGCGGCGGGGAGCUCCCCCCAGCCCGGGCGCCUGGGUCCCAGCGUGCAGGUCACCCGGCUGCUGCACGCGGGGCACACGGAGUCCGGCGAUCGUGAGGAUCCUCAGGCACGAGAAUCCGAGCCCAGCGCCCCGGGUCAUGGUCCGGGUCUUGCUUCGGAUCCAAGCUCAGAUGGCGCCCCAGCUCCGGGCAAGGGGCGCUGGGCGCGGGCGGCGCCGGUGGCCGGUUCGGCUUCCCGCGCGCAGGUCUCGCUCAUCAGCACGUCGUUCGUGCUCAAGGGAGACGCGACACACAACCAGGCAAUGGUGCACUGGACAGGAGAGAACAGCAGCGUCAUCUUGAUCCUGACAAAGUACUACCAUGCAGACAUGGGGAAGGUUCUGGAAAGUUCUCUGUGGCGGUCCUCAGAUUUUGGGACAACAUACACCAAACUUACUCUCCAGCCUGGUGUCACCACCGUCAUUGACAACUUCUAUAUCUGCCCGGCCAACAAGAGAAAGAUCAUCCUUGUGAGCUCGUCUCUUGGUGACCGGGAACAGAGCCUCUUCCUCAGCACCGAUGAGGGCGCCACCUUCCAGAAGUAUCCUGUCCCCUUCCUCGUGGAGACCCUCCUCUUCCACCCGAAGGAGGAGGACAAGGUUCUUGCCUACACCAAAGACAGCAAGCUGUAUGUGUCAUCCGACCUGGGGAAGAAGUGGACACUUCUGCAGGAACAGGUGACCAAGGACCACGUGUUCUGGGCUGUGUCUGGGGUGGACGCCGACCCCAACCUGGUCCACAUGGAAGCACGGGACCUCAGUGGAGGCUGUCGGUACUUCACCUGCCUGAUCCACAACUGCUCAGCUCAGCCCCUCACAGCACCCUUCGCCAGCCCUAUUGACCGUGGCUCCCUGACUGUGCAGGAUGAGUACAUCUUUCUGAAGGCGAAAGCAACAAACCGAACCAAAUACUAUGUCUCCUAUCGCCGCAGUGAAUUUGUCUUGAUGAAGCUGCCCAAGUAUGCCCUGCCAAAGGACCUGCAGAUCAUCAGCACGGAUGAGCAGCAGGUGUUCGUGGCCGUCCAGGAGUGGAACCAGGUGGACACCUACAACCUGUACCAGUCAGACCUGAGCGGAGUGCGCUACUCGCUGGUUCUGGAGAAUGUGCGCAGCUCGAGGCAGGCUGAGGAGAACGUGGUCAUCGACAUCCUUGAGGUCAGAGGGGUGAAGGGAGUCUUCUUGGCAAACCAGAAAGUGGAUGGCAAGGUGACAACACUCAUAACCUACAACAAGGGCCGUGAUUGGGAUUACCUGAGGCCACCCAGCACCGACAUGAAUGGGAAGCCCACCAACUGUCAGCCGCCGGACUGCCACCUGCACCUACACCUGCGCUGGGCGGACAACCCCUAUGUGUCGGGCACAGUCCACACCAAGGACACUGCCCCUGGCCUCAUCAUGGGUGCAGGUAACCUGGGCUCGCAGCUGGUGGAGUAUAAAGAGGAAAUGUACAUCACUUCUGACUGUGGGCACACCUGGCGGCAGGUCUUCGAGGAAGAACACCACGUCCUCUACCUGGACCACGGCGGAGUCAUUGCUGCCAUCAAGGAUACCUCCAUCCCCCUGAAGAUCCUCAAGUUCAGCGUGGAUGAGGGUCACACUUGGAGUACACACAACUUCACCAGCACCUCGGUGUUCGUGGAUGGGCUGCUGAGCGAGCCGGGGGACGAGACACUGGUCAUGACGGUCUUUGGCCACAUCAGCUUCCGCUCUGACUGGGAGCUGGUCAAGGUGGACUUCCGGCCCUCCUUCCCCCGGCGGUGUGGCGAGGAUGACUACAGCUCCUGGGACCUCACUGACCUCCAGGGUGACCGCUGCAUCAUGGGCCAGCAGAGAAGUUACCGGAAGAGAAAGUCUACGUCCUGGUGUGUCAAGGGGAGGAGCUUCACGUCGGCACUCACAGCACGCGUGUGCAAGUGCCGGGACUCUGACUUCCUCUGUGACUACGGGUUUGAGCGCUCAUCUUCCUCUGAGUCCGCUGCCAACAAGUGCUCGGCCAACUUCUGGUUCAACCCCUUGUCCCCUCCUGAAGACUGUGUCCUGGGCCAGACCUACACCAGUAGCCUUGGGUACCGAAAGGUGGUGUCCAAUGUGUGCGAAGGUGGUGUGGACCUGCAGCAGAGCCCGGUGCAGCUGCAGUGCCCCCUCACGGCACCCCGGGGCCUGCAGGUGAGCAUCCGUGGAGAGGCAGUAGCUGUGCGGCCUAGAGAAGAUGUGCUGUUUGUGGUGCGACAGGAACAGGGUGAUGUCCUGACCACUAAGUACCAGGUGGAUCUCGGGGAUGGCUUCAAGGCCAUGUACGUGAACCUCACUCUGACGGGCGAGCCCAUCCGGCACCACUACGAGAGUCCUGGCAUCUACCGCGUGUCUGUCAGGGCUGAGAACAUGGCAGGCCACGAUGAGGCUGUGCUCUUCGUCCAGGUCAACUUCCCACUGCAGGCCCUCUACCUUGAGGUUGUCCCUGUCAUUGGCAUCAAUCAGGAGGUGAACCUCACAGCCGUGCUGCUGCCCCUGAACCCCAACCUCACUGUCUUCUACUGGUGGAUCGGCCACAGCUUGCAGCCUCUGCUUUCCCUGGACAACUCAGUGACAACGCGGUUUACAGAUGCUGGGGAUGUGCGUGUGACGGUGCAGGCUGCCUGUGGGAACUCAGUGCUGCAGGACUCCAGGGUCAUCCGUGUGCUGGCUCAGUUCCAGGCGGUGCCUCUGCAGUUCUCCAGGGACCUGGACACCUUUAACCCCAACACUCCUGAGUGGAGGGAGGAUGUGGGGAUGGUGGUCACCCGGCUUCUCUCCAAGGAGACCAGCAUCCCCGAGGAGCUGCUGGUGACUGUAGUAAAGCCAGGGCUGCCCACCAUAGCCGACCUGUAUGUGCUCCUGCCCCCUCCCAGGCCCACAAGGAAGAGAAGCCUCACAAGUGACAAGAGACUGGCAGCUGUGCAGCAGGCACUGAACUCCCACAGGAUCAGCUUCAUCCUUCGAGGAGGGCUCCGUAUCCUGGUGGACCUGAGGGACACAGAUACAGGUCCUCAGAGGCCAAGUGGCAGUGGUGGCUACUGGGCUGUGGUGGUCCUCUUUGUCAUUGGGCUCUUCGCAGUGGGGGCAUUCAUCCUCUACAAGUUCAAAAGGAAACGCCCAGGCAGGACGGUGUAUGCCCAGAUGCACAACGAGAAGGAGCAGGAGAUGACAAGUCCCGUGAGCCACAGUGAGGAUGCCCAGAGCACCAUGCAGGGCAACCACUCAGGUGUGGUCCUGAGCAUCAACUCACGUGAGAUGCAUAGCUACCUGGUGGGCUGAUGGCACCAGCUGGCCAGGACACUCUCCUCCUGCUUCCUCCACAGAGGGUACAGGAUCACAAGUGCAGCCCCUGAGACCCAUGGAAAGGCCAUCUCCUCUAGCUGUCCCCACUCAGAGGACAGACAUCUCUCCCUGUCAGCCCCAGUUGGCCCACGGGAUCCUGGGGCAGCCAAUUCAUGACCCGCCUGGACACAGGCCUGUGGUGCCAUACAAAGUCCCAACCUUUGACUCUGAGGCAUCACAGUCCUUAGACCCGAACGUGCGGCCCUGGCUGCUCCAACUUGCAAAUGCAGCUCAGGCCGGGCCUGGCUUCUCCUGCCUGGAGCUGAACCUGGGGU